CAGUCCCCUCCCCUGGGCCAUGGCCAACUCAGGUCUUCAGCUCCUGGGCUACUUCCUGGCCCUGGGUGGCUGGGUGGGCAUCAUCGCCAGCACGGCCCUCCCGCAGUGGAAGCAGUCCUCCUACGCUGGCGACGCCAUCAUCACCGCCGUGGGCCUCUAUGAAGGGCUCUGGAUGUCCUGUGCCUCCCAGAGCACCGGUCAGGUGCAGUGCAAGCUCUAUGACUCGCUGCUCGCCCUGGAAGGUCACAUCCAGUCAGCUCGAGCCCUGAUGGUGAUGGCCGUGCUCCUGGGCUUUGUGGCCAUGGUCCUCAGUGUCAUCGGCAUGAAGUGCACCCGGGUCGGAGACAGCAACCCCGUUGCCAAGAACCGAGUCGCCAUCGCUGGGGGUGUCCUCUUCCUCCUGGCGGGCCUCUGCACUUUGACGGCCGUCUCAUGGUAUGCCACACUGGUGACCCAGGAGUUCUUCAAUCCCAGCACACCCAUCAAUGCCAGGUUCGAGUUUGGCCCGGCCCUGUUCGUGGGCUGGGCCGCCGCCGGCCUGGCCAUUCUGGGCGGCUCCUUCCUCUGCUGCUCGUGCCCAGAGCCCGAGAGAUCCAACAGCAGCCCGCAGCCCUACCGGCCUGGCCCCUCGGCGGCUGCCCGAGAACCAGUUGUUAAAUUGUCCGCCUCCACCAAGGGCCCCCUGGGUGUCUAAUGUCCAGGUCCCCAGCCUGGCUCUGUCCCCCUGCCACACCUAGACUGUGUGCUUGGUAUUUUUUGGAAAGAAAAGUGAACCUCCA